GGCGGGCGCGGGGCGGGUCGGCGCCUUUGUGUGAGCCGGGCCGGGAUGGUGCGGGGCGCCGGGCGGAGCCCCUUGCCCUGCCAGUUCCUGGCUGCCCGACACCUCCUGCUYCCGCCGCGGAUGAAGGCGUGAAGGCCGAGCUGACCAGGGAGAAAGGACUCGUGAGCAGCUGCUAAGAUGGGCAUGAGGAUCAAGCUACACAGCACCAACCACCCCAACAACCUGCUGAAGGAACUCAACAAGUGCCGGCUCUCCGAGACCAUGUGCGACGUCACCAUCCUGGUGGGCUCCCGCUCCUUCGCCGCGCACAAAGCCGUGCUGGCCUGCGCCGCCGGCUACUUCCAGAACCUCUUCCUCAACACGGGGCUGGACGCUGCCAGGACCUACGUGGUGGAUUUCAUCACCCCAGCCAACUUUGAGAAGAUCCUGAGCUUUGUGUACACCUCGGAGCUCUUCACGGAUCUCAUCAAUGUGGGUGUUAUUUAUGAGGUGGCUGAGCGGUUGGGUAUGGAGGAUUUGCUGCAGGCUUGUCAUUCCACUUUCCCCGACCUGGAGAGCUCGGCCAUCACCAAGCAGCCUGCUCUGUCUGUGGGGGAAGGCCGGGCUGGGCCGCUGAGCAGCACCUCCUCGGAGCAGAGCCACUCUUUGGGGGACAUGAGGAGCGGYGCGGAGCACUUCGGCCCCGAGCGGAAUUACCUCCUGCACGGCGACGUGGCAGGUGGCUACAAAGAGGAUGAGAGGAAUGCUGUGGGUGAAGCCAGCCAGGCUCUUCCCCUGAUGCACCCACAGCAGCCUCCUAAGACAGAGCAGGAGUCGGAUCCRGGGCAGUUUGCUGCAGCUGUGGGGCUGGGAACCCAGCCCGGUGGGAACAUCAUGGCACAGAGCACCGGCAGCUCCUGUCCUCAGUACAAAGCCCAGAGCAACGGUGACUACAGCAAGGGKGGCUUCUUCCCCACUGAUCCCUCCCUGGAUAUCUCCACAGGCAGCAACUCCUGCCCCAGCAACAGCGACCACUCCAAAGAGCAGGGAUUUGAGCAGAUGGAUGAGCUGCAGCUGGAGGAUUUGGGAGAGGCCGAGCUGCAUUUUGAGGAUGCUGGAGAAGAGCUGGGCCCGUCYGAGGAGGUGAUUGAGCUGAGUGAUGACAGCGAGGAGGAGCUGGCCUUUGAGAGUGACAGCAGGGACAGCAAGGCCAUGCCCUGCCAGGUGUGCAAGAAGGUGCUGGAACCCAACAUCCAGCUAAUCCGCCAGCACGCCAGGGACCACGUGGACCUGCUGACGGGCAACUGCAAAGUCUGCGAGACCCACUUCCAGGACCGCAACUCCAGGGUCACCCACGUGCUGUCCCACAUCGGCAUCUUCCUCUUCUCCUGYGACAUGUGCGAGACCAAAUUCUUCACCCAGUGGCAGCUGACGCUGCACCGGCGAGACGGCGUCUUCGACAACAACGUCAUCGUCCACCCCAGCGACCCCCUGCCCGGCAAGGUGGCCGUUUUUGGGGGGGCUCCCGGCCCYGAGCUGGCCUGUGCCACCUGCGGGAAGCCCUUGGCCAAAGAUUUCCACACGGUGCGGAGCCAUCUCUUGGAACAUGUGAACCUGAAGAGCCAAACGUGCGGCGUGUGCGACCAGCGGCACCUGAGCCUGUGCAGCCUGAUGUGGCACACCCUGUCCCACCUGGGCAUCUCCGUUUUCUCCUGUUCCGUGUGCGCCAGCAGCUUCGUGGACCGGCAGCUCCUGGAAAAGCACCUGGCCGUGCACCAACACGUGGAGGAAUCUCUUUUCCAGUGCCAUUUUUGCAGCCAGAGCUUCAAGCUGGAAGCAGCUUACCGCUACCACGUCAGCCAGCACAAAUGCGGCGGCAGCCUGGACAUCCGGGCGGGUUUUGGGGAGCGCCUUCAACCUCCAGGGCUGCCCAAAAGGAAACUGCCUGAGGAAUUCCUGAGCGAAGAGCUGGCACUUCAGAACCAACCAGGCAACAGCAAAUACAGCUGCAAGGUGUGCGGGAAGAGAUUCGCCCACACCAGCGAGUUCAACUACCACCGGCGCAUCCACACCGGCGAAAAACCGUACCAGUGCAAAGUGUGYCACAAAUUUUUCCGCGGGCGCUCCACCAUCAAAUGCCACCUGCGGACGCACUCGGGGGCACUCAUGUAUCGCUGCACCGUGUGUGGUCAUUACAGCUCCACGCUCAACCUGAUGAGCAAGCACAUAGGGGUGCACAAAGGCAGCCUGCCGCCGGAUUUCACCAUCGAACAGACUUUYAUGUACAUCAUCCAUUCCAAAGAGGCCGAGAAAAACACGGAUAGCUGAUGGGGCUGGGGCAGGAGAGAGUGUUGGUGAUGGAAGCUGCGGAGAGGAAAAGGAAAAAAAAAAAUGUUGUCGUUUUGUUUUUAUUUAAUGGUCAGGCAUCAUGGAUGGAAUUCUUUGUUUGUUUGAUUUUUUUUUUUUAUUAUUAUUUUUUGGGCCUUCCUAGGGCUUUUUAGAUUGGUGGCGUUGUACAAAUUAACAGCACGUGAGGUACAUCACUGUUUUAAGGAGUCUGUCGUGUUUACUUACCUCUGGUCCUGUUAGAGGCCAUCGAGUUCUGUGCUUUUAGCAUUUCUCACUAGUUUUUGAGUCUAGAUUCUAUAUUUUUUUGAACCUUUUAGCCCACUUGACCAGGCUAACCCUGAGCUUGUCCACAAACUGAUGCUGCUAYGAUUUUCACACCUGACCUCAGUGGAGAGGGACAGAGCCACAGCAAGUGCUGAACUCGAAGGAAAGGAACAAAAGAGAAAGGAAAAAAAGAAAAAAAAAAGGAAAAAAACAAAGACAUUCUGGGCAUCCCCGGGGUUCUGCUGCUACUGUCAGGAGAUGGGCAAAGUGUGCCCUGGGAUCKGCCGUCGCUGCGUUGCCGGGGAGAGGAGCAGGAAGCACCUGAGUKUGUAAACAAGGAGGAAUCCCUGCAGGGAGGCAGGAGCAAGGGAUUCACAGAUUCCCAGUCUCACUGGUGCCCUGAAACCCUGGAGGAGGCGAUGGAGGAGCCACACAAGCGAGGGUGGAGGUGGCUGUGUGAGCAAAGAGGACCGGAGCAGGGGGUGAAGCAGAUCCCUGCUCCCCUGGGUGAUGAUUGUGGUGGCCACAAAGAGCCAGGAGCCUCCUGGCUCCUCUCAGCCCCAACCUCACGCCGUGCCCCGGGGCUGACGAGUCGGGAUGAAGCCUUUGCCUUAACUCCCCAGAAGGUACCUUGGAGGAUCCUUCUCCUGCCGAAGGGAUCCCCCUCCCCGUGCCGUGGAUCACUGCGUUUGGUGGCGAAUUUGUGUGGUUGGAGCGACGUGAGUUUGUUCGUGGAGUGGCAGCCACGGCGAUGGCUCGGCCUGUGGCCACGUGUCGAGUGCUCCUGGGGGCUCUCCUGGGUGUGGAGGAGCUUUUC